UAAUUUCUACAGCAGACUGCUUCUGUGGAUCGGCGCGUCCAUGUGGAAAAAAGGUGCAUUUUAUCAAAGCUUCACUUCAAAGAGUACUUGGCCACUAGUCGUUUUUACAGCGACCUCAUAGAUUUUGGGGGGGGGGUUAAACAAGUUUUUCAGUAGAACAUGCAUACCUGCACUCCAUCAUUAUUUGUGAAUUGGUAUAUCAUAUACGUAAGUCAGUACCCCCCCUCACAUUACAUCACAUUCUCUUGUCAAAGCAAAAUACUAUAGAAUUUAACUUGAAUAUACUUGGCGAAAUAUCUGGCAACACAAGUGAGUAGCGGGGCUGUCGAGCAUUGUGUUGGUAGCAUCAUGAUGUGGGGCUGCAUGAGUGCUGCCGCCACUGACGGAAUCAUGGACUGUGACAUUGUGUGAUGUUGUCACAGCACCCUGAGUGCCAGCAUGGCUGUUCGCAUUUUUUCUACUGAAUAAUGACUACUCUAAAGUAUAUUCAACUUUAAUUCCUGUAGUAUUGUCCCUUGACAAGAUAUGCCGUCAUAAAACCAUCAUAAAAAUGCUGAAAUGGGAGGAGUGGACUCACUUUUGGGAGAUACUGUAAUGUCCUGGCUUUGUUUUGCCUCCUCCUUGCAGAAAUCUGCUGCUGAUGUUGAGUAUACUUACUCCAGAUGUCGAGUGUACUUUGCUUCUGACUUGUGUACUUUUGUCUUGAUGUUGACUAUACUUGCUUCAGAUGUUGAGGGUUGUGCACUUGCUCCUGAUGUUGAGUGUGCUUUGUUCCAAAUACUAAGCAUACUUUGCUCCUGAUAUUGAGUAUACCGGAUGCUGAUAUAUUGAGUAUACUUCAAUCAUGUGUUGAGUGUACAUUGCUCCUGAUGUUGAGUGUACUUUGCUCCUGAUGUUGAGUGUACUUUGCUCCUGAUGUUGAGUGUACUUUGCUCCUGAUGUUAAGUCUACUCGCUGCUGAUGUUGAGUGUUGUGUACUUGCUCCAAAUACUAAGUAUACUUGAUGUUGUCCUGAUGUUGAGGAUAUUUUGAUGCUGAUGUAUUGAGUAUACUUGAUGCUGAUAUAUUGAGUGUACUUGCAAUGAUGUGUGAGUGUACUUCCUCCUGAUGUUGAGAGUACUUUGCUCCAGGUGUCGAGUGUACUUGCGCCUGAUGUUUAGCAUACUUGCUGCUGAUGUAUUGAGUAUACUUGAUGCUGAUAUGUUGAGUGUACUUGAUGCUGAUGUAUUGACUAUACUUAAUGCCGAUAUGUUGAUUGUAAUUAAUGCUGAUGUUGAGUGUACUUACUCCUGAUGUUGAGUGUACUUACUCCUGAUGUUGAGUGUACUUUGCUCCUGAUGUUGAAUGUACUUGCUCCUGAUGUUGAGUGUACUUUGCUCCUGAUGUUGAGUGUACUUUGCUCCUGAUGUUGAGUGUACUUUGCUCCUGAUGUUGAGUGUACUUUGCUCCUGAUGUCGAGUGUAUUUUUUCUUGGUGUCAAGUGCACUUGCUCCUGAUGUUUAGCAUACUCGCUGCUGACAUUAUGAAAUUGCGCACUCAGGGAUUGCUCUGCCUAUUUCGGGUGGGUAAAUCUAUUAUUAAGUAAAUGACCGAGCUUAGUCGUGUAAAUGAACUGCAGUUAGCUAUUAGACGUGUUGAAUGACGUUCCGUCCACAUCUGGGCGAUGGUCUGCUCAAGUUGGCUCCACUGAAGAUGUUUUCUUGUCCAAAGGUUGUGCUGGGACUGAGCAAACAAAGCUCAUCCUCCCUGACAGCUCUAAUCUGCUUUCCCCCACUUUUCAAAUCCAGGCGUCGGUCACUCGUCUUUUUUUUUAUUACAUAUUUCUGUCUCGGUCUUAAAAUUCCAGCUUGAUUUGACGCCCCCUCCCUAUUUUUUCUAUCCCAUUUCCCCCUUGCCAUAUCCCCUCAGGGCCCAUCUGUCUGAACUCCAUCAUUUCCACUGCUGACCUCAUAAAGACCAAAAAAUGGCGAGCUGGGUGUCCCUCCUCAUCUUCGUGGCCUGCCACUGGACCUCCAGAGCCCAGGAGGCCAGCCUGGACCUCCCGGAGUUCCCCUCAGAGACGGCCAUAAAUAACGUAGUCCAGGACCCGCGCACGGGUCGCGUGUACGUGGGAGCCGUCAACGCGGUCUACCAACUGGGACCGUCUCUGCGCCUGGAAGCCCGAGCGGAGACGGGCCCCAAAAAGGACGCCAGGACAUGCACGCCGCCGGCUUCUGCCUGCCAGGACACCAAGCUGAUGCCCAACAUCAACAAGCUGCUGCUGGUCCACCCGGCCAACGGCUCCCUCAUCGUGUGCGGGAGCCGCUACCGGGGCAUCUGCUCCUUGCUGAACCUGUCCAACGUGGACCAGGAGCUCUACUACAGCGACAGCAAGGGGGAGAGGACUUACGUGGCGAGCAUAGAGGACAACGUCAACGUGGUGGGCGUCAUGUCCACCUUCACGAAGGACCAACACAAGUUUGACGUGUUCCUUGUGGGUAAAGGCUACGGAAGCCAGGAUAGCACCAAGAUCAUUACCACCAGGAUUCUGCAGGACUUCCGGGAGUGGGUGGUGUUUGAGAGCAUCAUCGAGGCGUCCACCAUUCAGACCAUGCCCUUCGGUCCUCGCUACCUUCACGACUUCAGGCACGCCUUCACAGCCGACGGCUUUGUUUACUUUGUCUUCUCCAGGACUCUGGACGGCACAGACAACAAGAACCUGACCUUCGUGUCCCGUCUGUGCGAGAACGACCACCAUUUGUAUUCGCACACGGAGCUGCAGCUCAAAUGCGGCCAGGAUAACCGAUUCAGCAAAGUGCACGCCGCCUACGUGGCGUCGCCGGGAAAGGAGCUGAGUCGUGUCAUGACCGAGUCCGGCGUGUACGGGAAGGUCCAGCCCUGGAAUAAAGUUCUCUUCAUGGUGGCCAGCUCGGAGGACGACCACAGCGACUCGGCACUGUGCAUGUACACGCUCAACGCCAUCAACGAGCGGCUGGUGGACAUCAUCACCGCCUGCUACAGCGACUCGGGGAAGAUAUCGGGCUUCCCUGCCGUUGACAUCCCGUACUCAUCCAAAACGGCGGAAUUCUGCACUUCCAAAAUUGCGAAGGACACGCUGGAACAGUACAAAUGUGGCGGAGACUUCCUACCGACGCCUCUGGCCAGCAAGCCCAGAUUUGCCUUGAAGUCCAAUGCCGUGUUGACCAAGCCGGGAAUUUUGACCGCCGUGGCCAUUGCCGUGGAGAACGACCACACCAUUGCCUUCUUGGGGAGCAACCAGGGAGAAGUCUUCAAGGUACACCUGACAUCGGCGCCGUACGUGUACAGCAAGGCUCCUGGCGACACCUUGGGGGAGACAGUGAACAAGAACCUUUUCUUCGACAUGGACCACAGCCACCUCUACAUUACCACUGAUAAAAAGAUCACCAAGGUGCCCGUGGAGACGUGCCUCCAAAAGAAAGACUGCCAAUCUUGCGUGAACACGAGGGACCCGUACUGUGGCUGGUGCGUCCUGGAGGGCAGGUGCACCAGGCGGUCUGAGUGCCGUCGGGCAGAGGAGAAGAAUGGCUGGCUGUGGAGCCCCAGGCAGCAAUGUGUCAAGAUCCUCUCUUUCUACCCUCCCAACCUCUCCUGCAAGAAGAGCCAGAAGGUGAAGAUCAAUAUCUCCUCCCUGCCCGCCAUCGGUCCUUCGGACCGUCUGCAGUGCUCCUUCAAGACCUUCCAGAGCGAGGGCGUCAUGUGGGACUCGGGCCAGGUCUCCUGUGAUCUGCCCCGCCCCUCGCUGUUACCCCAAACACCCGAGGACCAAGAUUUUGUGGCCGUGCCGGUGAGCAUUUUCGUCAACAAUACGGUAGAGUUGGCGACACGUGACUACCAGUUCUACAACUGCGCCGCCACUGUGAAGAAGUCUGAAAACAUGCCGUGCAUGUCAUGCGUGGCCAGUCCGUGGCGCUGCCAAUGGAACACCCGCGACCACACGUGUAGUGACAUGGAGGAUCGCGUGCUGGGUCCUAACAUCAUCAAGCACCGACAGGGUGCCAAGUGUCCUCAGUUUGAGAAUCCUGACCCAAUGCUGAUCCCCGUGGGUUUCAAGCAGCCAAUCAGCUUCGAGGGCAUCAAUCUGGACCUUUACCAGGGCCAUGUUUUCACCAUCGGCACCGAGCUCAUGAGAAACGUGGAGAAGGAGGUCAACUUUGAGGAUAGCCCUUUCUACACCUUCAGCGGAUUCAAUUUUUCCUACGAUAAGUCACCGGAGACCAACGUACUUCUUUACGUCAAGGACAAAGAGUUAGGAAAGAAGAUGGAUAGCACGCUAAAUGUCACCCUGUACAACUGCUCAGUGGGCCGAGAGGACUGCAGUUUGUGCAAGAACGCCGACCCAAAGUACAGAUGCGUGUGGUGCUCCAAACACAAGGCCUGCAUCUACGAACAGCUGUGCGCCCCCGACCAACAAGGCUCCGAGGACCCCCACCACGCCGAGUGCCCCGCCCCUGAAAUCACUGAUAUCAUCCCUCGCUACGGCCCCCUGGAGGGCGGCAUCGCCGUCACCAUCCGGGGCUCCAAUCUGGGAAUCCGCAAGGAAGACAUUAAACGCAUCACCGUGGCCGGGGAGCCCUGUGUUCAUCAGCAGGAGAAGUACUCAGUCUCCACCAGUGUGGUAUGUGUGAUCGGCCGCAUGACCCCUGGGAAUCCCUUAUGGGGCCAAGUGGAUGUGGAGGUCAAAGGGGGAAAGACAGGAACAUCGUCCAUAUUCUUCACCUACAGGCACCCGAUUCCUCAAGCGGUUACGCCGAGUCGAGGUCCCAAAGCUGGGGGCACCCUCAUUACCAUCACUGGAAGCUUUUUGGACACGGGUAGUAAGGAGGACAUCCAGGUCACCGUUGGAGGAGUGGACUGCAGUGUGGAGCACUUUGGAGCAGAAAUCACUUGCAGGACAGGAGAGUACCGGGCUGAUAAGGUGCCCUCUGACCCCCUGUCCGUGAUGGUGAAGUAUGGGACGAGCACCCUGACCUACGUCAACAGUGCCUUCCAGUUCUUGGAGAACCCCACUGUGCUGGACCAUCAGCCCAAAGCAAGCUUUGUCUGUGGUGGUAGAAACAUUGUCGUGACCGGCUCAGGUUUUGAUAUCAUCCAGCGAGCCCUCAUGAAGGUCCGGGGAGACAACUCCACAUCAUUUGAGGAUGCCCACGAGAAGAACGACACGGUCAUCCAGUUCCGCUCCCCGACAGUCAACGGCUCGCUGAGUCAGCACGCCAGGACGUACAUCCAGCUGGACAACUGGGAGAAGGAGUUGAAGAACUUCGACUACCACCCAGACCCCGUCUUCUACGAGCUACCCAAGAGGCUCUUCACUGAGGCCAGCAUCAUCAUCGUCAACGGUCGAGGCUUCUCCAAAGCCAUGACGGCCAAGGAAGCUCAGGCCUUCGUGGGCGACGUCCCCUGCGUGGUCAACACCCUCCAGGAUGACAAACUGUUUCUGGACCCGCCCUCCACCCAGCCUCGUGCUCGCUCCCGCAGGCAGCGGCGUGACACUCGGCCGGAGCUGCUGGAUCUAAUGAUCAAGUUCGGCAAGGGGGAGUGGGUGGUGGGCUCGGUGCAGUAUGAGAAGAAGAAUGAUUUGUCGCUCUAUAUCAUCAUCCCUGCUGUCAUCGUGCCCAUGCUGCUCAUCAUUGCUGUCUCUGUCUACUGCUACCGGAGGAAGAGUCAACAGGCAGAGAGAGAGUAUGAGAAAGUCAAACACCAGCUGGAGAACCUGGAGGAGAGCGUGAGAGACCGCUGCAAGAAAGAAUUCACAGACCUCAUGAUCGAAAUGGAGGACCACACCAAUGACCUGAGUGAGGGUCGGAUCCCCUUCCUGGACUAUAAGACCUACACGGACCGCGUCUUCUUCCUGCCCUCCAAGGAUGGCGCCAACGACGUGAUGAUAACGGGCAAGCUGGACAUCCCCGAGGCUCGGCGGGCCACCGUGAUGCAGGCUCUCAACCAGUUCUCCAACCUUCUCAACUCCAAGACCUUCCUCAUCAAUUUUAUCCGCACCCUGGAGCGCAGCCAUGACUUCAACGCCAGGGCCAAAGUGUACUUCGCCUCCUUGUUGACGGUGGCACUGCACGGGAAGCUGGAGUACUACACAGACAUCAUGAGGACCCUGCUGCUGGAGCUCAUGGAGGAGUACGUCCACAGCAAAAACCCCAAACUUAUGCUACGACGGUCAGAGACGGUGGUAGAAAGGAUGCUGUGCAACUGGAUGUCCAUCUGCCUCUACCAGUUCUUAAAGGACUCAGCAGGCGAGCCCUUGUACAAACUCUUCCGAGCCAUCAAGCACCAGAUCGAGAAAGGACCCGUGGACGCCCGAGUGAAGAAAGCCAAGUACACCCUGAAUGACACAGGCCUGCUGGGCGAUGAUGUGGAGUAUUCUGUCCUGACCCUGCAGGUGCUGGUGCACGGCGAGGGUCCAGAUGUGACUCCGGUUAAGGUUCUCAACUGCGACACCAUCUCGCAGGUGAAAGAGAAGAUCAUCGAGUUGGUGUACAGGAAUCUGCCGUACUCCUUGCGGCCCAAAGUCGACAGCGUCACGCUGGAGUGGCGCCCGGGGUCGACUGGGCAGAUUUUAUCCGAUCUGGAUUUGACCUCGCAGAAGGAGGGCAGAUGGAAACGCAUCAACACUCUGGCUCAUUACAACGUACGCGAUAACGCCACAGUAGUUCUAUCGCGGGUGCUUCACACACAGCAGAACUACGAACAGAACCAGGAAAACCACGAAGAGCGGAACGCUCUGUUGGAUGAUGACAAGGUGUUCCACCUGGUGAGGCCCGCUGACGAGCUGGAUGAGAUCAAGUCCAAACGGGGAAGCAUCAAAGACAAGUCCAUGACUAAAGCCAUCACGGAGAUUUAUCUCACAAGACUGCUUUCUGUCAAGGGAACACUGCAGCAGUUUGUGGACGACUUCUUCCGCAGCGUGCUGUGCUCCGGGGCGGUGGUGCCGCCUGCGGUCAAGUACUUCUUUGACUUCCUGGAUGAGCAGGCGCUGAAGCACAACAACGUUGAUGAUGAGACCAUUCACAUCUGGAAAACCAACAGCCUUCCUCUACGAUUUUGGGUGAACAUCCUGAAGAAUCCUCACUUCAUCUUUGACGUCCACGUGUCAGAAGUAGUGGACGCUUCGCUGUCCGUCAUUGCCCAGACCUUCAUGGAUGCCUGCACCAAGACCGAGCACAAACUCAGUCGGGACUCUCCGAGUAACAAACUUCUCUAUGCAAAGGAGAUCUCCACGUACAAGAAGAUGGUGGAUGAUUACUACAAGGGCAUCAGACAGAUGGUCCCCGUCAGUGACCAGGACAUGAACACUCAUCUGGCCGAGGUGUCACGGGCUCACACAGACAAGCUGAACACACAAGUGGCUCUCCAUCAGCUGUACCGCUACGCCAGCAAGUACUAUGACGGGAUCAUCUCGUCCCUGGAUGAGGACCCGGCAGCCCAGAGUAAGCAGCUGACCCUGCGGCUCCAGCAGAUAGCAGCCGCCCUGGAAAACAAAGUGACUGAUCUCUAACGUGGAGAUAGGCCGGGCGGGAUAAUUGCCUGCAUCCUGCCAGUGACUACGGGGGCUUAUUUCGUGGGGAAAGAAACCACACACACAAACACACGGGAAGUCAGGAGUGGCGUGUUGUCGUGCGACAUGGCCCUGGGACAAUAUUCCAAUAAUAUUCUCUUGUGUGGCGUAUCAUUGAGAUGCAAAUGGAGAGCCGAUGAUGUGUUGCGCGAUGCAAAGGUACGCCUUAAAGCUCACUUGCCAAACCUUAAAAAAAAAAAAAAAAACUUGAGUCAGGCUCCGGGAAGUAAGCCCCUGUGCGGCGCACUGGUGUAGGAGAUCAUCAGAUGUUCCAUUUCUUUCCUGUGUAGAAGAGGUUUUGAGAAUUGUAUGAUAUAUUUUUUGUAAUCGUCUUUACGCCGAAAGCUUUAUAAGGAAACACAAAAAAUACCUUUUUAAAUGGAUUGCCUCGUGGUGCGGGUGGUGUUUUUAUUCAAUGUCGUGUGUGCGUGUGCGUGCCCAGGAUGCCUAACGUCAGGCGUGAGGUCUAGUAGACGGAGACCAAAGUGUCCUCACCCAAGGACAUACAUGUACAGGCUCAUGUGAAUGAUUAUGGCUAUAUUUUUCAUGUUGUUUUUAAGCCGUGUGUGGGUGCGCUUGUGGAAAAGCACUAAUAGCACAAUAGUGUGUCUCCCUUUAUCGGUCAGUGCCAUGGUACAUUCCGCUUCAAGCAAAGCACAGAAGAACAUUUCCAAUGUUUUUUGUUACGUUUCAUUUCUUUGCUGCUGUUUGUGUUCCGUUGUGGAGUCGUCACGUAAACCCUGCCAGGAAGUACCAUCAACGGCUUUACACGUUCCCAAUCAAAUUGGGUAGGAUAUCGUACGAAAAAAAAUUCAACGCGCACAUUUUUUCACAGAAAAUGUUGUGAAUACUUUUUAUUGGGUUGCUUUUUGCCAUAAAGUAAUGUCUGUUGUGCUUUUUUUUUAUCAUGAAUUUAUAUAUUGAAUGUUGACUUUGUCAAUUCGGAAGUAAUUUUACAUGGCUUUGCUUCUUUUUACACUUGCGAAACAUUUUAAAACGUUUAAAGCCACGCAGCGUUUACAGUCCAUCGAGGUGUCAUGAUAAUUAUUCCCAAUUCAAUUCAUUCCAAUAGAAAAAAAAGUCUUUGACCUUAGAUCAGAGGUGGGCAAACUACGGCUUGUGGGCCACAUCUGGCCCACUCGAUGUUUUGAAAUUGUUUUUGAAUAUUUGGCAACAAUACUUGCGAUGCUAUUGUGACGAGAAUGUAAACAUGGGUGUCUAGCGGACUCUGAUGUUAAAAACUCUUUUAAAGGUCAUAACGUUUUCUAUGCUCUCACUGUGAGAAUAUUCCAAAUAUAAAUAAGAAAUCCUACUUAGUGGAAGUACAGUCGGGUCUGGAAGCCAUAAAAAAGGAAUUAGCGUAUGUCCGUUGUCUGAAAUUUGCCUUUGGAUUGUAAAUAUGCAGUUUGCAAUAAAUUGCUGGUUAUGGGAAGUUAUCUUGCUUUAAUACUUUAAACUAAUAUGUUUCAUGUGCACGCAGGAAGUAGUCAGUACUUGCCGCUACAACAAAACGUCUGGGCACGGUUUAAAUAGUUAUCGUUCAUAGUUAGUCUUAUUCCAUGGUUGAAUAUGGCCUAUAAUUAGUACAAAAAUAUUCAUAUUUAAUCACAUAUUUGGUAACUCUCCCAAUGCUAUUAUGUGUCAGUUGCUAUCAUGUCCUAUUCUGUUUUAUUAUGUCUUAUUGGGUAAUUCCAAUGAAAAAGUGACUAUAGGGGUGUUACAUCAUAUCCAGAGUGCUCUAAUAAUCUUAAAAUGCAUAUUUUGAAAAUUGUAAACUGGUUUCUUUGCUCUAGCUAGGAUUUUUUGUGGCCCGCGAGUUAAAAAGUUUGCCCACCCCUGCCUUGGAUUUUCCGUUGGAUGUUUUAUUUUUCCAUCAACAAACCUGUUCAGUCAUCUGCCAAAUUGGUUAUGUUUCUGCAUUUUUGUACAAAAUCCUACUAAAUUCUUGUAAGAGCAGCUCGCUCACAAAGCAUACCCACCAAUGAUAGCAUUUAAGCAAUAGAAUCCUAAUAAAGUUGUUGUCGUUGAUGACUAUUAUUAUGAUAAAUAAGACACGUUCUUUUGGAUGUGUAUCAGUUGUCCAAAUAAUCAUGGAGCAUCCUGCCUCUAAAAGCGAUAAAGUAGCCCUUUGCUGAGUGCUGUCAAUAAUCUACCAGGACUGCAAUUGGUACUUUUUACAAACGGUGCAUUAGUGAAGAAAGUGGCUUGUAAAUAUUUGUUCUAGUGUGGAAUCAGGGUGGAGUGGGUGGGAGUGAUGUUCAUUAGGUCCUUCAUUCAUGCAACACUCCUUUACACUGUAGGCUAAUGGAGGGGUUUUUUCUCGACCCCCAUGCUUGUGCAUAUACCUAUCCACGCUUGUGUGUGUGUGUGCACCUCACCAUGCUUGUGUAUGUAGCUAACCAUAUUUGUGCUUCACUUGACCAUGGUUGUAUAUGUGCCUGACCAUGGUUGUGUGUGCACCUUGCCAUCAUGUGUACCUCUCCAUGGUUGCAUACACCUCACCAUUGUGCGCGUGUGUACCUCAUCAUGGUUGUGUGUGUGUAACUAACCAGGGUUGUGUGUAUAACUGACCAUUGUGUGUGUACCUCACCAUGGUUGUAUGAAUGUACGUGUUUGUGUGUGUGCCUCACCGUGGUUGUGUACACCUUGCCUUUGUGUGUAUACCUGAUCAUGGUUGUGUGUCACAUGACCAUGGUUAUUCCUGAUGGUGGUUGUUUGCAUUCCUCAACAUGGUCCUGUGUGUAUACCCGGCCAUGGUUGCGUGUAGCUGACGAGCAUACCAAGCUCCAGAGACCCCCUAGAAUGUUAAAUCCUGCCUCGGCAAGAGAGGGGCGGUGUUCAUAGGGCUGGACGAACAGCACUUGGCCCCGCCCACUCUGCCACUCACCCCAACGGCAUCUUGGAGGGUUUUUUGGGGUGUGGUUUUACUGCAAGACGCUUCUUUCAGAGCCUUUAUUUGACCAAACAUGUGCCUUAUGGAAUAGGAGGAUGCUUAUUAUGAUGUUUCUCUCGGUAACCUAGGUAACCACCAUGACAACCGUGCUAUAGACACAGCAAUGUACUCGGACUUGUGAUAGAUGAUGUGUGCUGUUUAAAAUGGCAGAUGUUCUGCUGCAGUUGUGUGUGUGUGUGUGUGUGUGUGUGUGCGCGCCAAUUAGGGGUGGUCAUCAUGAUAUGAUGAUUGAUACACUGCAAUAUUCAUAUUGAGUCUCGCCCCUGUUGCCAAUCGGUUGAAAACAUUUCAUUGUGAUUUUUUUGGCGAUGUUGACGUGUGUGUUUCUUUUGCGUGUCUGUGAUGUGCGCUUUGUAGGCCCAGGAAAGCCAAACUAAAAAUUAUCCAAUGGGAUUUGGAAUCCCCAUAAAAACAUUCCGAAAUGAGUCAAUAAAAGGGGGGGUAGGGUGGGGGGGUAUUCUUGGGUAGAUAUGAGUAGAGCGCAAAAGUGUUGCAGUGGUGUUGAUAUUUUUGGCUACUCCAGUGUUUCUUAGCUACUCCACCGUGUGUGCAAUCGAUGAUCUUUACCUGUACUCCACAAAUGACCUUUCUUACUGCUGUGCAGUUAUUUUUAUGAUUUCCUUCUUUGCUAUAACAUAUAAAUCUUUGUAAAACAAUGUUGAAAUACUGUAUUCUGACUGUAUAAUCCUAUGCAUUGAGUCCUGGAAGAAUAUAAGAAAAGACAGAAAAAAAAACAACCUGGUGCUGAGUCUUU